AUGGGUGUCCACAACAUAAAAUUGUACGGCUUUCCUGUGACGGCGACAGUUGUGGACGACUGUUCUCUAGCUGACAGUGGUAUAAUCCAGUUAAUGAAUCAGCUGUGCGAGUUGAAAAUUGUUGGAAUUGAUGUGAAGGGAACCGAACUAUCGGCAGAACCACAGCUACUGCUGAUUUACGUGAAAGAUCGUUGCUUGAUCAUUCAACUUGGACGUAUGUCUUCUUAUCCUUCCCAACUUGCAUCUUUCCUGGGUGAUACGAAUAUAUGUUUUGUGGGAGCGAACAUGAAUAGGAAGGCUGAUGUCCUGAAAAAAUCUUGGAUUCCCCUUGUAUGGAAAGGUUCGCCGAUGAUGCACAGAGUCGAAGUUGGUGAAUUGGCGGCCAGAGUUCUCAAGAAUGCAGACCUUGAAAAGUGCGAUAAUCUGGAAGAGUUGGCAAAGAAGAGUGGAUUUGAUUUUAAAGAAGCAGAUGAGAAGAAGCGUCCUACUCCUAACUGGGCUGCCGUAUGCUUGUCGGAGGAAGAAGUCAAGUGUGCCAUGCGUGAAGUUUUCAUAAGCUACAACGUGGCAAGUAAGCUGCUCAGCCAGCUCUAG